AUGCCUCCUACAGUUCCUCAAAUCGAUACGAGGACUUCCAGUGCCCCCAAGUCUCGAAACACUAUGACUCCUAUAUCUGCUCAACCGCUCGGCGAAGAAGAGAUCAAGGCCUUCAAGGAUGUCUUUGCACUGUUUGAUAAGGAUAACAGCGGUAAGUCUUCGACCGUCCGGGCUAGCCAACUUCUGUCAUCAGGCUGCCAAAUCGUUGCUCUUCGUCACAUGCCGGCGCUGUUUCCAUCUUAUUCAUUUACACGCCCGCCUAUUCAUUGUUUAUCACGGACCACGUUUACUCAGACAUAUGGGUUAUGUUUAGGAACCAUCACCGCCUCUGAACUUGGCGAAAUCAUGCACUCUUUGGGCCAAAACCCAUCGGACUCUGAAUUGCAAGAUAUGAUCAACGAAGUCGAUAUCGACAAUUCAGGCGCCAUAGACUUUGACGAAUUCCUCAAGAUGAUGUCUACAACCGUCAAAGCGACCCAUUUCGCCGACGAAACCCGCGCCGCCUUCAACGUCUUCGACAAGGACGGCAGCGGCACCAUCUCAGCCGACGAGUUGCGUCAAGUCAUGAAGUCCAUUGGUGAAAAUCUCACCGACGCCGAAAUCGACGAGAUGAUUCGCGAAGCCGACAAGGAUCACAAUGGAUCCAUAGACUGUGCGUUAUUACUUGUCUUUCCUCUCUUUUUCUUGCCACCGUACCUCCUCUCCUUCGGUCUUGAUCAAGGAACGCUGUUUUUGCUGACGUUGGGUUGUUUCUCGACAUGGGUAUAG